AUGGUUGCCAGCCUUGUGAGGAUCACCACCUCUGGGUACUGGCCAAGGCCGUGGCUUCCGGGGAACAUGAACCUCAAUUGGGCCAGUACUGCUUGGGACAUCCUAACAACGACUCAAAACCUUUCAAAUUACAUGCACGUUUGGCAUGGACCAGUGCCUGCGUGGUCACUGACCUUUAUGCCAUAUUCAGAUGGCAAUCAAUAUACAAUCAACAUUCAGAAUACUGGUUACAAAUUUCAGUAUGGGAUGAGACCUUUCAUUCCUCUCAUCACUACAAGCUCUGCAACGAGCUCAAGAGUUUGUACAGAGGAUCCACCCAAUUGUAAGGAAACUGAAUCACCAUAUACAUCCUCUAGACUUGAUGAGGAGAGUAUAGAGGAUACACCAGAAUCACGGGAUACGGAUGAUGGUAGUGCUGGGACACCUGAGUGUGUCCAAAUGGAUGGUGGUGAUAAAAUUGAAGAGCCAAAAUCGGGGAUGGAAUUUAAUUCUUUUGAAGAGUUAUUGAGCUAUUAUAAGCAAUAUGGUAAGAAAUGCGGGUUUGAGGUGAUGACCAAAAGGAGUGAAAAGGCCGAGGAUGGGUCUAUUAGAUAUGUCACCCUUGCUUGUGCCCGCGGUGGGAAGGCCCGGAAUAGAACGUUGAAUGUCGCUAAACCACGUUCGACAGGAAAGACAGAAUGUAAGGCAAAAAUUAAUGCCUUAAAAGUUGAGAGAAAGGUGCGGUUGACAACAUGUCAUAAUAUCUAUAAUCAUGGCUUCAGUUCACAGAAAUCUCGCUUCUUUCGUUGCAAUAGAGAAGUUAGCGAGAUAGUAAAAAGAGUUAUAGAUACAAAUGACUUGGCUGGUAUUAAAAUGAAUAAGAGCUUUGGCAGUCUUGUUGUUGGUGUAGGCGGAUUCGAGAACCUCCCGUUUCUCGAAAAAGAUUGUCGUAAUUAUAUAGACAAUGCAAGACAUUUGCGAUUUGGAAAAGGUGGUGCUGGAGCGCUUCGAGAGUACUUUUUAAAGAUGCAAUACAAAAAUCUCGAGUUCUUUGUACUGAUGGACUUAGAUGAUGAAGGGAGGUUGAAAAAUAUCUUCUGGGCAAACCCUCGUAGUAGGCAGCAUAUCAAUAUUUCGGUGAUGUGGACACAUUCGACACCACGUAUUUGA